UUGCGUUUAUUGUGAUGCAUUAUGUAAAAUAUAUAUGCAAAUAAGGAAAACUGAUAUACUGUUCGUUGUGGAAUAAAUGGUAUAAACGUUCGGCUUAGCUUAUAAAUAACAUUGGAGCAAAAAAAAAUAAUGUUGUGUAGAUACAUUGUGUAUACCAAAUAACGGUCUGGUUAAAAUAAAGUUUUGUGCACAAAUGGUGUGUUUUUUAGUAACUGCUACAUAUCAGUAAGACACGCAGUUUAAAAAUGCGUACAUGUACCUGAUAACUAUUGGAUGUAUGAAAGUCGGUGAACCAAACACCACCAGGCAUAGACGUUAAUAUAUUGACGACUUGCAUUAUCCAGACAUGGGACAUAAAGCUAAUUAAGCGAACGUAUGUUUUUUUAAAACAAAGAUUUUUGCUUUUUUGUUAACCUAAAUACACAAGUAUGGCUUCAUCUAACGCAUCAGCGAAUUCAAGCACCUCGAUUUUGAAAACGACGCCAGCAACUACAGUGACGUCAACAACGUUAACCUCGACGUUAUCUGUGGUGAGAACAGAUAGAUUUGAUGAAGACGAUCCGUUCAUGUUUAUCGUUUUGGGAGGGGUGGCAGGUGCUGUUGUGCUGAUCAUCUUCACCAUAUUGACGAUUUUCUGCGUUCGAUCCUUCAGGACGAGAAGAUUCAACAUGGCGCGGUACAGGGAGAGGCGCCAGCGGUCUACGUCUUCAAGGGAGAUUUUGGAGGAGGAGCUUCAAAGGGGUUUAAAUGGGGUACAUAACAAUAUGUACAACGAUGACCAUAUACUUCCGGUUCAAUCGCACCAGAUGAGCCCCUCACCUCAAACUACUUUCGGUGACCGGAAAAUCAGUCAUCAACAUGGCGGACCUUCUGCUUCCGGUGUAGUAGAACUAAGGGAACAUACUCAAAAUCCAGUAACCAUAACCGUGUCUGAGGCGCAUCUGACGUCAGCUUCAAAUGACAAAGGCCAGCUACAUAUCAAUGAAAAGAAAACUUCGAAUGCUGGAAGUAAAUCAAGCGCCUGUUAUGACCCUUCUUGGAUAGGUCCUGAUAUUAAAGAGGUUUCAAAAACUGAAACUAAUAUCGGAGAGAUUGAUACGGCAGGAAAGGGGCUUUUAACGCCAAAUAAGGGUCCCAUGAAGCCGCCAGUUAGCCCAAAGAAGCCUAAAGUACCUCUUAGCAGUAAAAGCUUUUGUAGUUCGAAAAUUGACCAGCUUCGUACCCAUAAUCCCCGUUCCACUAGCAUUCGCUCCAGUAAGAGCUUCAACACUCCGCAAGACAGACGCAUUGUAAGAAGAAAAACUGACAACGAUUUCUUAGACGAGUAUGAGAAUUGUGAAGGUUUAAACCCUGCCAGAGGUAACCUGUUCAGUAGUGCUCCAAGGCUAAAUAUCAGAGAUAACAGGCCAUUGUCCCCACCGAUACCGAUAAACAGAAGUCCGAAACAAAGUACAGUUGCAAAGCCUCUAGUAUCAGCAAGCUCGGAAUCCUCUCUGAAACCACAUCUUUUGAACCGACCCCUUCCAAAUCCCCACCCUGCUAUACUUCAAAGAAAACCUUUGACUCCAAAGGCGGAAAGACAGAAACAAGACAACCCGGACAUUAAUAUGAAAACGAAGGAUGAAACUAAGUAUAAGAACCUGAAAGAUGCUAAUGUUCCCGAGAUGCAUUUAUUUCCAACAGAUUUCAAUCAUCCCAAGUAUAUAAACUUAACACUUGACGGAAAAAAUGACCUUACUGUUGGAGAAUUUAAUUUCGAUUUAGGAGCGGUUGGAAAAGACAAUGUGAAAUCAGAAAGCAAUGAGGAUGGGAAUGAUGAUUACUUGGAACCAGAUGUAAAUUUGCAUCAGACAAAAGUGGACGAAGAAAAACAACAAAGUUAUGAAAACCAGGAGACUAUGAACAGAUUAAAGAAAACUUUUGAGUUUACAUCAAAGACCAUGAAAUCAGAAAAAAAGCCAAAAUUGAAAAAGAAACGAUCGAAUAGUUGCACACCUCAUCCGAACAGCAGUCGCUUCAUAAUAGUUUCUGAUUCAGACGACGAUCAAAUCUUUAAGCGUUCAACUGACGAUGUUUAUUUACCAAUGGAUGGUACUGAUGGGACUAAGGGUCUUGAAGAAGACGAUAUGUACGUUCCAAUGGACGGACAAACCAGGGGAGCGGGAGAAGAGGAUGGAGACGACUAUUUGCCAAUGGGCGGUAAUGAAGGGGCAACAGGAGGCGAUAAUUUAGAAGAAGAAACUCUAUAUGUGCCAAUGAAUUUGGAUGAAAACCUUGGUGUUGAUAAUGACUAUGUUUCUCCGGACAGUCAAGACUUAAUGGAAGAAACACUUUAUGUGCCAAUGAAUGUAAAUGAUGAAUUAGAUAAUGAUUACGUACCUCCAGAUGAAAGUCAUUUGAAACGGGAGUUAUCCCCGCCAGCACCAUGCGAGAAUGGAAACUACGCAAAUUUUACGGAAGGUUGCGGAUACCAAAAUGUUUUCAGUGGCACAUGAGGGCUAAAAACUGUUCACGAAAAUGGAAAUAGACUUGGAAAGUGUUUGGUUUGGGUUGUUUUUAUAGAACAUCUUAAGUCAUUUCUUAACUUAAGUCAAAUUCCUAAAAUUGUUAUAGUCAAAUAAAAGAGUAUACGUGUAUUUUGGAUCAAAUUAAUGAAAAUAAAGUAGGUUAGAUAUGUUAAGCGAUUAUAUGAUAUGAUAAGAGAGAUACUUAACUGAAGGAAAUGACUUAAGUUUGGAAAAGACUUAAGACUUUCUAUGAAUACCGGCCAGCUGCUCUUCAUAGUUCAGGGAUACAUCGGUCCAAGGAUACCCUUUUUGUUUUGUUUAUCAAAUUAUUGGAAUGUUAUGCAUACCUAGGGUUUAGCCAGGUUUUAAAAAAGUCAUGGUGCUACUUAAAAGGGACAGGGUGUUGAUGGAGAAGAAGGCACAUCGAUCGGGCAGUGAAUAAUUAAAGCAUUAUGAUUUUCAUAGAAAAAAAUAUAAAUUUUGCCUUUUGUAGUAACAUUAGGUUUCAUCUCCUAACUAUGUAAAGUAUAUUUGAAUCCAUUAUCACAUUACAAGUUUUAAUCAGAACAAUAUAAUUAUUUGGUUAUCUUAAGCAUUAGAUAAUUCUUUGAACGCAGGAGGGCGCACAUUCUGGUCUCCAUGAGGACAGAAGGGUGCUUCCAAAAAUAGAACAGGGUACAGCACCCUCUCCUGACCCUCUAGCUAAAAGCCCAUUACCUUAUGUUAUAUCUUAUCUGAAUAAAUAUGUCAAGGUCAUUUGUCAAGAUCAUUUGUCAAGGUCAUUUGUCAAUUGUCAAGGUCAUUUGUCAAGGUCUUUAGUCAAGGUCAUUUGUCAAUUGUCAAGUUAAUUUGUCAAGGUAAUUUUAGCCAUUCAUUUUUGUUCGCAUUGCUGGCUACAAUCCACUUGAUCUAAACAAAGCGAGAACGUUAAAGAAGCCUGCAUCUCAGACACAAUAGAAGAAAGUAUACAUUUUUAAGAUGGUUUUAAAAGAUAUUAAGUGUAUGUUGCAAAUAAUACAUCUGGAUAAGGUGGUCCCAUUAAUGGUUUUGGACAUAUUUUGUCUAAAACGCGGAUAAAUGACUGAUAGAUUUUUCGGACAAAAUUUGAUUAUAAAAUUGUAUAUUUUUCACGAAGUUUUAAUCGUUUUGAAACUUGCGAUGUCAUAAUUAUGGUUACUACUGAUGACGUCAUAAUCAUUCAAUCAUUUUUGAAUAUUUAACCUCCGUUCAAAUUUAUAUUUAACAACGGAGAAGAUUAUGGACAUUUACUCCAAUGCAGUUAAAUGAUCUUUUCACGAUCCAAGGCGAUUCACAAGGCAGUCUGGCAGUGUAAAAUGUCCGAUUUUGAGCCCGCCUGAUUGAUUAGAUGUGUUGAUUUCAUAUUCAGUUUUAGGUUUUCAUAGGCAAAAAAUAAUUAACACAAUCAUGUUUUACUGGAAAAUGCAGUUUUGUUGUUGUUGUUGCUGUUUUGUUUGUUGUUUUUCUGGGGGUGGGAGAUGGGCGAAAACUAUAAACCAUAAUUAUUGAUAAGAAAAUGUGCCGGUUACAAUGAAUAUGUAAAUUAAAGGGACUGGACACCAGACAGAUAGUAAAAAAAUCGAUAAACUCAUUGUUUCCUCACGACAAGCCUAGAAUUGCCAAUGCAAGCUAGUAGGACGCCGAAGAUACAUGUACAUACGUUUGCAUGAUUAAAAUAAACGCAACAAUAAUGUUGCUAUCUCAUCUGAAAUCACCCAUUUAAAAUUCGCGCAUAAUGGUUUCCCAGUUUAAAUCAUAUAUGUUUUGUAGUACAGAUAUAUAUAUAUAUCUUUCGACGCAACUUUUUAAAUUACUUUGAAUUUUCGUGAUGGACAACCCUAGGAAAUUUCGAUUUGGAAAACUGCCCAAGAUGCAUGUGUCGUAAGCGAUGUGAUACAUCAAUAAGUAAGAUUUAAUGCGUUGUACACCAUGAAGUCAAUUUUAUGUAAGUUUUUGACGAUUCCCUAUUUUUCUUGCAAUUGUAUCAUCUGGUGUCUAGUCCCUUUAAGUGGUAUUAUGGUAAUUCAAUUAACAUUCCGAAAAUUGGUUUCCCAGCAGUGGCAGUGUGUGUAUACCACGUGAUAAAUUGCGUCAUAAAUGCUACGUCGGAAGGCAAUAUUUUGAUUUGAAAAAAAUACUUUAAACAAAGAUAACUUCACUAUUUCUUCACCAUUUUAAAUGAAACAUAGUGCAGUCUACGCCGCUUACGGAGCCUCACAUUCGGUCUUUAACCAGAAUUUGAUUGUGAGUUUAGUUUCUUAAAACACUUCGACAAACCUUUUCACAAUACGGCCGUCUGACGGAGCACUGUCAAAACAAUACUUUGCAAACAUGUUUGUCGAAGUGCUUGAUGAAACUAAUGACCUCAUCAAAUUUCGGAAAAAACAAAACAAAUGCGGGGCUCUUUAAGCGGCAAAAAGUGCACUUUGUUUCAUUUAAAAUGGUGUUGUAAAUGAAAAGUUAUCUAUGUUUAAGUCUUUAUUUAAAGCAAAUUUUUGCCGUCCGACGUAACAUAUAUGACGUAAUUUAUCACGUGGUAUACACACACUGAGUUGUGUCAUUACAAUGUAUUCCCAAAUAUCUGUACAUGUAUAUACAAAUUUGUUGUUUGUUUUGUUUCAAUUGUAUACCUCGCAUUUUCACAUAAAGAACACACUUUUAUUAUAUUAAAACAUAUCUAUUUAUUUUUA